AUGAAGAAGUUCACGUUCAAGGGGGUGCUGGACGGGUUCCGCAGCUCGGUGCAGGCGGCGCCGCGCGGCGUGGAGCAGGAGAUCCAGGAGACGCUGCGCCCUGACCACUUCCAGAUUAAAAAGGUAGGUUGUUGUUUUAUCGCGCGCGGCGAGGCCUCGCGCUCCGCAGAUAAUGGUGCCGAGAGGGGAGCGAGCGCGGCCCGCUACGCUCGACUGGAAUGCCGUAUUUAUAAAGCGGCGGCUGGCCGCGUGUGUACGCUCCGCAGCGUCGGCACCACGCACCAAAACAAUCCCCACCGCGCGAUACUGCAAUACCGCUGCCAAAAAUAUAUUGGCCGCGUUAUUGAGGCUUUCGCCGAGGCGAUAACGCGCCGUCUGAGCCUACGUCAGUGCUUAACCUUGACCAUCUAAUCUGAGGCGUGUACUUUAAUGUUAUACGCACGAAUACCGCACGAUCUGUUUAUCCGCCUGCCUCCAUUACUUUGUAGUGAGUGAGUGAGGCACAAUUAGACAAUUAACUGAAUCGGUGGGUGCCUCUGGCUAGCCUUCACAUGGCAGUGGAUAAAAUAUCGUGCACCUGUGUAGGUGGCAGAAUGCCGAUCAUAUUGGACUGUUAUCAGAUAAGAUAAAGGGUGCACUUAAUAAUGCCCACCAAUUUUUUGUGGAGAACUUUUUGAUAGAAUAUUUCGUAUGAAAACAUUGAUGUAAUGAAAUUUAAUAACAA